CAGUCCCAUUCUGGGAAAACUCCUCCCUCGGCGCGCUCCGCUCCGCUCGGCUCGGCUCGGCGCGCCAGCCCCCGGCGGCUGCGAAGCGGGUGCGGGCCGGCGCGGGGUGGGCUCCGGCCGCCGCCCGCCCUCCUCCCUGCCGGGCCGGUGGUCCCGGGCCGCCGCCAGGCUCCGCGCGCUGCCCCCUGUCGUCCGCAGUGCCGUCGCCGCCCCCCCGGGAGCUUAGCGGAGCCGCGGCGACGAGUUGGCGCGCGCGGCGGACCCCGUGGAGCUGGCUUAGCGCCUCCGCCCCACCUUCCCGCACCCUGGGACCGCAACAGUCAGAGCAGUAAGACAACCAGGACAGGCAGGGGGAGAUUCCUGCUUGAAGCAUGUGGUGGAUCGUUCUUGGAGGCAGAGCACACUUCUCUUGCCUUUCUCUCUGGGAACAAAGAGCGGACUUGGUGAGAGGGCUCAGGAGAAGAGGAGCGGGCUUUGGGAGAAGGGAGACACUGCACCGACUUGCCUUUGGUCCAACGGGCGCUCCUCCAAGCGGAGCCUUGGAGGGCAAGGCCGGCACCAUUACCUCCAACGAGUGGAGCCCUCCUAACUCCCCUGAGGGGAGCAACGUCUCUGGGGGCAGUCAGGCGUUGGACAAGCCCAUUGACAAUGACGCGGAGGGUGUGUGGAGUCCGGACAUUGAGCAGAGCUUCCAGGAGGCCCUGGCCAUCUACCCGCCUUGUGGCCGGCGCAAGAUCAUCCUGUCAGACGAGGGCAAGAUGUACGGUCGGAAUGAGCUGAUUGCCCGCUACAUCAAGCUCCGGACAGGGAAGACCCGCACCAGGAAGCAGGUCUCCAGCCACAUCCAGGUGCUGGCUCGUCGAAAAGCCCGCGAGAUCCAGGCCAAGCUAAAGGACCAGGCAGCUAAGGACAAGGCCCUGCAGAGCAUGGCUCCCAUGUCGCCCGCCCAGGCCAUCUCCGCCACAGCCUUCCACAGUAAAAUGGCCCUCGCCCGGGGCCCAGGCCACCCAGCAGUCUCAGGGUGUGAAACCGUUCUCUCAGCAAACCUACGCUGUCCAGCCUUCGCUGCCUCUGCCAGAGGCUGUCUGCAGGGAGGCUGUGUGCGGACCGCUCCCCAUGUGCUUCUCCCGCUGUGUGCAGGGUUUGAAUCUCCUGCAGGACCCACCCCGUCGCCCUCAGCGCCCCCGGCACCCCCGUGGCAGGGGCGCAGUGUGGCCAGCUCCAAGCUCUGGAUGUUGGAGUUCUCUGCCUUCCUGGAACAGCAGCAGGACCCUGAUACGUACAACAAGCACCUGUUUGUGCACAUCGGCCAGUCCAGCCCAAGCUACAGUGACCCCUACCUCGAAGCCGUGGACAUCCGCCAGAUCUAUGACAAAUUCCCAGAGAAAAAGGGGGGACUCAAGGAGCUCUUUGAACGGGGACCUUCCAAUGCCUUUUUUCUUGUGAAAUUCUGGGCAGACCUCAACACCAACAUCGAGGAUGAAGGCAGCUCCUUCUACGGGGUCUCCAGCCAGUACGAGAGUCCAGAGAACAUGAUAAUCACUUGUUCCACCAAGGUCUGCUCUUUCGGCAAGCAGGUGGUAGAGAAAGUGGAGACAGAGUAUGCCCGCUAUGAGAACGGCCACUACUCAUACCGCAUUCAUCGGUCGCCGCUGUGCGAGUACAUGAUCAAUUUCAUCCACAAGCUGAAGCACCUGCCCGAGAAGUACAUGAUGAACAGCGUGCUGGAGAACUUCACCAUCCUGCAGGUGGUCACCAACAGAGACACGCAGGAGACGCUGCUGUGCAUUGCAUAUGUUUUUGAGGUGUCAGCCAGCGAGCACGGGGCUCAGCACCAUAUCUACCGGCUGGUGAAAGAAUAAGAGACUCAGGGAGCAGGGAGGGGGGAAGAGACGUCGUGUGUGCAGGGACACGGGGAGGGGAUCUGCAGGGGCCUGAAUUGCCAGGAGAGCCGAGAGGCCCUGACUCUUCCUAGCCAGGAACAAACUGUGCCUGAACCUGCAAUGCUCAACCCCAAAUAAACCCAAGAUGGUGUGUAUUUUCGGAGGACCUGAUCUGGCUGUCUGAGCCUCGGGAGGGACUACGGGAGAAGGGGGGCAGACUGGGGAGCAGGCCAGAAGCAGCCCCAGAGAUCCCGCAUGGACUCACCCAGGAAUGUCGCCAGAUGCAAAGCUCCUGAUGGGAUGACUUCUCUGCUGCCACUCAAGUUGCUGGCCAUGCCGGGAGGCCGGGGGCUGGGCUCGGGGGCUAGGCUCUCGGGCCCUGUUCUGUGCAUCCCCAUGUGGGCCCCUGCAGGGACUUGUGCACAGUGUCCUGGCCACCUUUGGUGCCCUGGCCCCAGGACAGCGAACAGGGAGGCUCGGUCCAGCCCAGGGGUUGGGUUUGAGGUGUGGAGGUGACAGUUAUUGGAAAGGCUGGAAGGGCACACAGCCAGAACUCUCUAGAUAGUUUUCAUCCCUCCCCGGUGGGAGUGGAUUGCAUAGCCCAGAGCUUGAGACAGGGAGGCCGGGAGUGAUGGUGUGGAGGCCAGACUGUGGAGUUUAGGUGCUGAGGCUGGUGUCACACAGUAUCCUUUGUGGGGGUGAAGGCCCGGAAAGUGGGUCAGAGGCCUGUAGUGGACCAGUGGUCUCUGAGACCACCCAGUUCUGAUGUUCUGUGAGUCCUACCUUGGGCUCCCUCCCAGCCAGGGUGCCUGCUAGGUGGUGACUGCCUAGGAGCCUGCCCGGGCUGUCCACUCCCUCCCCAGAGUAGUAGAGUCUGUGUGCCCUGUGCAUGGAGGAGGGGUGUGGAACCCACCUUGAGCCUCGAGGGAACCAGUGAAGGGUUCCUUGGUUUAUCUCUUGGGAGAACUGUAUGGGCUUAGGGUUUUGGUGGUCCUGGCUUCAGUCCUGGUAUUCCUAGCUGUCUGACCUUGGGCAAAUUUCUCCACCAGUCUGAGCCUUGGUGUCCUUUGCUCUCCGUAAAGGGGAGGGCAAUAGAACCUACCUUAGAAGGACUUAGUGAGAAAGAGAGCUAAUGUCUAUAAGUGCCUGGUGCAAGAUGCACUAAAUAAAUGUUGUUAUAAUUAGUUUAUCCUCCCCUCCCUCAGGGAGGCCUGGGUCUGGCUCUUUGCUGCCAUCUAGUGGCCCUCGUAUCACCCUUAAUGGGAACCACGGUUCCAGAAGCCUGGAGCAGAAGGGAACCAAGAUUCAACCUACAGGUGUUUACUUUGUGCCCAGCACUCAGGGAGAUAUAUGGGAAUAGAAAAGUGAGUAAGACAGCAUCUAGGAGGUGUUUAUGGAAUGGUGCUGAGGAUCAAGGGCUUGAGUCAGACAGCUAGGAUUGAAAUCCUGGCACUUGGGCACUGACUAGCUUUGUGGCCUUGGGGCAAGUUACUUAAUUUCACUGUGCCUCAGUUUCCCCAUCUGUAAAAUGGGUAUAAUAAGAGUACCUACCUCGUAUAUGUAGAGUGCCUAGAAUAGUGCCGAGCACAUAAAUGUGUUCGAUAAAUAUACAUUAUUAUUAAUAGCAGGGGCUUGCAGUCUAAAAACUCAGAUCAGAGAACUCCUAAGUGGGGUUGCCUGAUCCUCACAGAAACUGGAGUUCAGAGAUGGGAGACAGCAGGGUGUGGAAGAUACAGGGAGGAGGUUGCAAUGGAGAGGGGCUGCCCCUUAGAGGAUGGGCGGUGUUUAGAUAAGCAGAUGGGCCGAAGGCUGGCCAGCAUUCCAGAUGGGGAAAAGAAGCCAGCUAUCCCGUAUCCUGCCCUCACGGGCCAAGACUGCCUCUUCUCAUCAAAAAGCAACUUUAACCAAAGGCCUCUGGACUGCUGCUAGACCUCGUGCCAAGUUGCCUAACUCUACUGUAUGUGGGGGCUGGCUCUCAUCAAAAGACGUGUUGUGGAGGUGGGCGCGGGGUCUGGGAGGCCCUGAGCAGACGGCAUGUGCUCACAUGUCCAUGGGCGGGUUUGUGUAAGGCUCCCCCGCCCCUCCCCGGUCACUGUCACAACCCUCACCCUCGCUCCUCACCUCUCCCCUCGGGCUGUUUGGAUAAGGGGAAUGAUGCCUACCCUUCUGGCUUGACGGUGAGCCUUCAGGCAGGUACUCAUGGAGGAUGUGUGAGCAGCCUCUCGGCCAUGGCGCACAUGCACAAGUUAAGAUGAUCUUUUGUGUUACGGGUGGGAACGAGUCGGAGCAGAUGUCGGGGGCCACGUGUGAGCUGUGCAUUUUCCCUUCUCUUCAGGAGCUGACCUCAGCAGCCUCAUGGAAAGUCAUGUACUUAGAGCUGUAAGGUCCAGACCAGUCAGCCACCAAUGCAGGUGUAGAUGCCUCCCCCCAUGGCCACCUGGCCCACCGCUCUCGAGGGUUUGUCUGGCACUGCCCUGUGUCCUCUGAAUUGGGUGCCCUUCCCUGCCUUUAGGCCUUGGCCCCACAUGUUCUCCCGGCCAGUCAUGCCCUGCCCUUUUCUCCUACUGGAGAACUGUUACUCAUGCUUCAAGGGCCGAUGUGCGGUCACCCCUCCUCAUGCGGAGGGGUUAGUCACACCUGCCCUUGGGUGGCAAAAGCCUUCCAUUCCUAACCCAGAACAUAGGGACCUCUGUCACCUCUUCUAAUCCUCAGCCAGUGGGUGCUGUGCUGUCCCCAUUUGAAAGAUGCAGAAAAUGGGGCACAGAGAAGUGAACUAACUUGCUUAGAGUAUUAGUGUGUUUAUUCAUUCAGUUAGCAACUAUUUACUUAACUUCUGCUCUGUGCGGGCGCUGGGAAGGUAUCACUGACCCAGACAGACGAGGUCCUCAGGGAGCUUAUGUUUCAUUGAGGAAGAAAACUAAGUGAGCAAGUAAUAGGACAUGUAGACUGUGACAAGUGCUUUCAAGGCAGAGAGGGCUGCUGAUGUGAGAGUCACUGGUGAAGCCUCGCAAGCCCGGGGAAGGUGGGGGAAGGCAUUCUGAGCAGAGGCAGGGGAGGUAUGGAUUUGGGGCAGGUGCAGAGAGUGAGAGCUGUAUGGGCUAAGGUACGGGGGCGACAGGGGCCAGAUCCUGCCCUGGGCCAGCUGUCCAGACCUGGGGGGCGAAGGGGGAGGGCAAAGAACUCAGCUCCCUCCCCAGCCCAGCACCGCCUUGCUUGGCAAGGACUUUGGGUUUUACUCCAUGUGAAGGGAGGUCCUGGAAGUGUUUGAAGCAAGGGAGUAAGUCUUUUUGAUCUUUAAUCUUUGAUUUUUUUAGAAAUGGACUCUGGGGCUGCUGGGGCCCACAGAGAAGCAUGUGUAAUUGUCUGCUCCUGAGUCUGUCUUUCCUCCUAGACUCAGCGUCUGUGGGUGCAGACUGUAGCUUCCUUGGCCUCUUACUUUCUGUAAACGAAACACCACGUCUGGAACAUGGCAGGUGCUCAGUAAACAUGCGCUGGUGCCGUUUGGGCCCGGGAGGUGAGUAACGGCCCUGAGCCCACGAGGGUGACAGGUCUAGAGUUAGCAGGGGGUGUGGUUGAGAUGGGGACGUGGAAACAGACCGCUUAUCUUGACAGUGACUGAGCAGACUGCCUCAGUGGCCAUCAGUGAACGUCCAUGGAGUGGGGUGAGCACCCCACACGGAAGGACUUUAGGGUGCGUGUGUGUGCACCUGUGUGUAGAUACCAUCUCUGCCCUUUCAGGACUAAAACCAGUGGAGUGAGGAUCGAGGGGCGGCCAUGGCUCAGGCCCCUCAGACUGUGUGUGCUUAGUCCAUCAGCUGCUUCCUCUCCCCCGCCGCAGGUUUCGGAGGACAGUGGGCAGGUGCUGACCGGGCUGGAGGGAGGAGGCAGGCAGCUCAGAGAGGCAGGGCUGGGGGCGGCAGGGAGCUCCUGACGGCCCGCGGCGCUCGGCCUGGUGCAGGGCUCUGUGGGGUCAGCGGUGCUCACCUGGGCCAAACCGCACAGAGGGGGGUGUGAGAGCAGCAGUGUGUUUUACCUCCCGGGCAGGUGUAGCCAGUGGUUGCUGUGUCCCACCCCUGCUUACUUUAUCUGGUAUGUCAGCUCCAGAAAUGAAAGCAAGAAGCUUUCCCCCAAAGACUUCAAGUGAUAUAGGAGUCGUUCUUAAGAAGCCGAAUUGGCUGCUGCUAAGUUAUGCGAUCUUGUGCAAAUAGCUCACCUCCUCAGACCUUCAGAACCCCACUUGGGAAAUGGGAAUAAAGUGGCUUUGACUUUAGGUUGCUGUUGGGAGAAAGGUGACAGCCCGAGCUCAAGGUGCGCACUCAGUGGAUGGUGGUAACUUAGGGCUGUUAAAACCUGCCCUGACUCUGCUCUUUCUACCCCUCUCACACUCACAUACACACACACUCAUGCACACGCAUGCUCACACUCAGACACACACACACACACACACACACACACACACCAAGCUCUGCUGUCUCCGAGAGCCCACGAGGAGGCCCUGGGCUCUCACUUUUGUGGGAACUGUCCAGCAGAGACAGCGCUUAGACUUUCAUCCUCAGGUCUCAGAAAUGGGGGGAAGGAAGUGUUCUUAACUGAGAAAAUAACUUUGUGGCCCAUGAGGGGAAAGAGGCCCCAGGGAAGGGUCUCAAAAGGGAGCACGGAACAAAUGGUGGGCUAGGGCAGUGUGAAUAAGAGACUGUCUGGAAUUGGGAUUGGUUUACUUCCUGAGAGAGGAUGGGAGAGGUGGCCCAGCACCUUUGUAGAAGUCUGGAGCCCAGUUGGCGGGAAUGGCUAAAGGUCUUUUUAUUUUUAAGCUCAUGGAUGUCUAAUAUUCAAUUUCAAGUUUUUGUAUUUUUGCUAUGUAACCCCCCUUUGUCUCCCCACAUCUUCAGUAAAGUCUGCUACCUACACAAA